AUUAUUUUUGACAUUAAUGAGUCAGUGAAUACGUAUGCUGAGAGAAAAAUUAAUAAAAAUUGUACCGAAUUGGAAAAUUAUUUAAGUACGAUUUUCUAAACAAGCACAGUCUGCAAAAAUGGCAGACAAGUUCUCCUACCAACGGACAGUGCAAAGUUUGGCACGUAUAUUAGCUCGCGUUAAACCAACUCCAUGGGAAAGUGUCGAACAAUUAUUUCGGUAUUGCCCGCAAGAAAAUUCUGCCGGAAUAUUUUGCUUAGAUUCUCGGGCUCAAGAUGCAGUAAUAGCUUUGGGAUUAUAUUUUCUCGAAAGUGAAUGUCAGCAUGAGAAAGUGAUUCUGCCUUAUUUAUUGCGUUUGGCGAAAUGUUUGCCCAAGGCCAUAUGGGUGGAUGAUGGGAAAUGGAGUAAAAUUGAUCGUAUACCUUCCGCUGAGAAGUUCAGUUUCUGCCUUAACACCUUGUUAUCGGACAUAGCAGCCAAAUGUUCUGAUGUCCGGGAAGAAAUCAUCCUAAAUCAAGUAGAAACUUUAAGCGCUUUGGCCAAUAUUAUUAAAUCAAGCAAAGAGAGCAGUUCAGCGCCACCACCGAUCAUACUGUGUAAAGCUACGGUGCCCUUACUCUUUGGCUUAGCCCGUUCUAUGGGUCGUUAUGCUUCACAUGAUCCUCCGUUGCUGUGUCGCAUUUUUCCACGUGAGGAAAUGCCGGUGUUACGUACGAGUCCUCGUGAAGGCGGCAGCAGUUUUAGUUCACACGAACGUUUGCCAUUUAAUCAUUUCCGUUCCAUUAUACCACGUUCAAUGUCCGGUAGUUUAAGUCAAGACUCUAGCGACUUAAGAAUGCGUCAGUUGUCUGUUAUAGCUCAGCACAGCAAACAGAAACCACAAUUACAUACCUAUUUUUCGGUGCCCUACGAUCCGCGUACACAUUUCUUCACCCGCUACGGUUCGAGUUUUAAUCAGUUUCCCAACAUGCGCGUCACCGAUACACCAACUAAACCACACAAGAUUUUUACCGUACCGCCGUUUCCCAUACAACAUUUGCAGACUAUAUUUGCGGUGGCAAAGAAACUAUUGACCAAAGACACUCUUGAACAUUUGGAUGAGCAAGCUAGUGAUAUAUUCGCUUUGCAUCAGAUCAAAGGCUAUUAUUAUAAAAGCUUUUCAGAGACAUUAAACUUGGUUUUGGUUACUUUAUUACGUGAACUGCUGCAACAUCAAAUUGACUUGCCGGCUCCUUUCACCAAGGAUGUGCAGGAAUUUGUUAUACGACUCUUUUUGAACGGACAAACUGAGUUGCAGAACAAACAGUUGGAUCACGAGAAAGAAAAACGAGAGGAAAACGGUCUACCAGUAGUCAAUAAAUACAAAGUGAAUGUUAUGGCCAAUGCAGCUUGUGUAGAUCUGCUGGUUUGGGCCAUACGCGACGAAACUGUUGAUGAUGAGUACAAUGUACCUUCAUUGCAGUAUGCUUUACAUUAUUUAUUGAAAAAAGAAGCUGAUAAGCUAUGCGGCCGUUUGUCUGAAAAACUCAAAUCGAUAUUAAGUCAUAAAAUCGUUAUGGAUCAUAUGCCGCUUUUAAUGGUUUGUUUAGAAGGUUUGGGUAAAUUAGCUCAAAAAUUUCCGAAUAUAUCGGGCACUUCUAUACAAUAUCUGAAAGAUUUUCUUGUCGAACCCAGUCAAAUAUUAGCUAAACUGCAUAGCCAUAGUCAAGAAAUGCUGGCAUUACAAAAAAAGGAAAAGGAAGUAACAUCUUUUAAAAUUGUUGUACAUGGAACGGAAUCACGUUCCACAGUCGAUAUAUUCGGUGAAAAUCAAAAAUAUUCAAUAUCACGCACUGGCCUGGCAGCCUUUGAAGCCUUACGUGACGCGGCAAUCGAAAAUCUGUGCAUAGCUUUGAGAGCUUCGCACACGCUAGAUGAAUUCUGCGUGCCUUCCCUGGUGGCUAGUGUAUCGAGUCGCCUAUUUAAUGCCGAGAAACAUGAAUCGGAAUCGACUCUAGUUAGCUUAAAUAUUAUUGUAAUGCUAGGUCAUGUCGCUGUUGCCUUAAAAGACACCUCUAAGACAACCACAAAUAUAUUGCAGUUUUUCAUACAGCGCUUUACCAAAGUACCUUCCGAACAGAAUGCGCUAAUUGUCGAUCAACUUGGCUGUAUGGUAAUAUCGAAAUGUGAACCAGAUGUUUUUGAAGAGAUUAUGAAAAUGUUCACACAUGUUACUGUACAAUCAGCCUCUUUAGCGUACACUUCGGAUCCUGAACGCCGUCAACAAUUUUUUUGCGUUUCUGAUGCGGUUGUUAAUGCUUUGGGUAACAUUGCCGCGAACAUUGAAGGAGAAAGUGAAAAGAAAGAAUUGCUUAUCAAACUACUUGAACUGUUUGUACAAAUUGGUCUAGAAGGUGAACGGUCCUACGAUCAUACCCCCGGUGUACCGAAAGCUAAUUCGAGCGCCGGCCAUUUAGGCAUGUUAAUACCUGUAAUUGCUGUUUUGUUGCGACGAAUGGAGCCGAUUAAAAAUCCACGCGUGCGAUUACACAAAUUAUUUAAAGAUUUUUGGGUCUAUUGCGUUGUAAUGGGAUUUACAAAUGCCCGCUUAUGUUCUUCCGAGUGGUAUGCAGGCGUACAACAGAUUGCUGCUAAGUCACCAUUGCUAAUCUCCCAAACAACACAUAAAUCCGAUAUGCGUGAAUUAAAUUAUACAUCCGCUAUAAAAAAUGAUUCAAUCAGUUUAAACGAAUUACGAAGCCAAAUUUUACUACUACUCGAGCACCCUACAGCCGAUGUGACGGCAUCUAUUAAUAAGCUGACCUUUGCUCAAUGCACAUAUUUGUUGAGUGUCUAUUGGUUAGAAAUGCUGCGUGUGGAAAAUGCCGACAAACCUAGUCUCGAAUCGAUACUAACAUAUCUUUGUGAUCCGGCCUUACAAAAGGACAAAUCGGGCAUAUGGCAAUGCGUCAAAUGCAUAUCUGAUCAAGUUUUCGAAAAGUUUCGUAAUGUUUUAUUUAAUCGCGACGAGAUUCGUGAAAAGGUUUUAGAAUCCCAAGGCACUUUGUUACUUGUUUAUUUUAAUCAUACACAUAAACAAAUACAAUUGGUUGCAGAUCAAUAUCUUAUUAAGUUAGUGGACAAAUUUCCUUACCUUUUGUGGAAUCGCCGUGUACUCUGGUGCAUGUUAGAUAUUUUGCAAUUUUUGGCCGAUUCUUUAACUUUGGAUCCGAACGCAGAACCGCCGGUUUUGCGUGUCGCCUCCACGCCGUAUACACUUCAACUUAUGGAUUCUUUACCGGCACGUGAAACGCGAUUGAAAGAUUUCGCUGACCGUUGUCAAAUGAUUGUUAAUGAAGCGAUGAAAUGGGCUCCCCGAUCAAUACGCUCUCACUUACAAGAGUAUCCUAAUCAAAUACCCACCAAUGUUUUGGCUCAUCAUAGCGGCCUAGCUUUAGCCUUCGACGCGGUGGUUAACAAUUGCUCUUCAUAUCCGAACUCUUUGCCAUCGAAUAGCAAGCGACCAAAUUGUGUACGCUCAGAUACGCCACGUUUUGUAUCGGUAUUGUGUUUGCGCAGUAAGUAUGCCGGUGAAAUAUCCGGGCUUCUGUCUGUACUUAAUGAAGAAGAGAAGGUCGGUUUAGCAGACCGCCUCGUUAAAGAUGUAUGGGAUGCAUGUCGAGAUCGCAGCGAUUCUCGACAUCGCGGUGCUCUAUGGAGAGCGGCAGCUUAUUUGAUCAUAUGUUCGGAUAUUAAUCGUAAACUCUUACAUGCAGUCGCAACUUCACAAGUAGAACUAUUCACUGAUUUAGCUAUGGAAACCGCAGUGGAAUGCUGGCAAUGGGUUCUUACGGCACGUCAGGAUUUAGAAUUAUGCUUAAUACAGGAGAUGGUGUCCGCUUGGCAGAUAACAUUCGAAAAGAAAAUCGGCCUCUUCUCGGAAGAAAUACAAAUUACUAGUCCGUUGGCAGCAUAUGAAGGCUGCAAGCUGAUAUCGCAACCGAUACUAAUAACUCCACACUUAAUAUGGUUACAAUUGCUAUCUGAAAUGGUUGACACCGCAAAAUAUUGCAAUCGCGAUAAGGUAGAAAUGUUUUGUUUAUUAUUGCAUCGCUGUCUACCGAUCAAUAAACAUAGCAAACAGAAUCGACAAGUCUCAACUGUAGGUUGCCGUUUUAAGUUGCUCCAAUGCGGUCUAUCAUUAUUACAAGGUAAUACUGUGCCUAAAUCGUUAGCUCGGAAUAUUUUACGUGAACGUAUAUACAGUAACGCAUUGGAUUAUUUUUGUGGACCGCCAACCUGCCCCAAUCAGAAUAAGGAACAACUGCUUUCCGAUAUUUUAAUUUUGCUAAAAUUCUGGCAAACAAUGAUAAAUGAAAAAAAACAUUUAAUUACCUCGGAACUCGGUGAUUAUGAUAUACCCAAUAACGCACCUACUAAUCAUAUGCUAACGGUAAAUAAAAAUCCAGAAACAACUUCCCUAAUAAGCGGCAGUGAAAUGGGUCGCUCCUCUUCAGUAGUGGGUACUGGUGGUUGGUAUAAUACCAUACCCCACUCUACAUCAACUCUUUCAAAACGUUCGAAUCGUUCGAAACGUUUGCCCGAUCAGAAGGGCUCAUACGACAAGGACUAUAUGAAGAAGCGUAAUCUGAUACUAGAGCUAUUGGCAGUGGAAAUAGAAUUUUUGAUUACUUGGUACAAUCCAAAUGGUGCACCGGAUCUGAUUAUACCAGAUGAAGAUGAAAUCACAAAAUGGCGUAAUCGACCGUAUAAAGUUAAUGUUGGCCGCGAUUAUGCUCGGCUGGCGUGGUCCUAUAGUCCCGCUCUAGCCGUAUUUCUGCCACAACGUGUUAAAAAUGCAGAUUCCAUUGAAGAGGAAGUAACAAGACUCGUUUGUGCUGAUCCAAUCGCUGUCUGUGACAUUCCAGAAGCUUUAAAGUACUUAUGCACCACCAAAAACUUAUUACAGGACUCAGCCGAUUUAAUAUAUAUUUUAAUUUGGGCUCAUGUAAAUCCAGUGCAAGCUUUAGCUUAUUUUUCACGUCAAUAUCCUUCGCACCCACUUACCGCGCAAUACGCAGUCAAAACGUUAACUUCGUACCCCGCCGAAUCAGUAUUACCCUACAUACCACAACUUGUACAGGCUUUGCGACACGACACCAUGGGUUAUGUUUCCGAAUUUAUUAAAAACAUUUCCAAGCGCUCUCAGAUUGUUGCCCAUCAACUAAUCUGGAAUAUGCAAACCAAUAUGUAUAUGGAUGAAGACCAACAACAUAAAGAUCCAAAUUUAUAUGAAGCUUUGGAAGCGUUAUCAUUGAACAUAAUUAAGUCAUUCUCCGGAGCAGCCAAACAGUUCUAUGAACGAGAAUUCGAUUUCUUCGGUAAGAUAACCAAUGUAUCGGGAGAAAUACGUUCUUAUCCUAAGGGACCAGAACGUAAGAAUGCCUGCUUAGCGGCUUUAAGUAAAAUUAAAGUACAAGCCGGCUGUUAUUUACCCUCAAAUCCGGAAGCAAUGGUUUUAGACAUUGAUUAUACGAGCGGUACCCCAAUGCAAAGUGCAGCGAAGGCACCGUAUUUAGCCAAAUUCAGAGUUUAUCGCUGUGGCAUUACUGAAUUGGAAACGAGAGCAAUGGAGGUUUCCAAUAAUCCGAAUUUUCAAAUGGCAACCACGAUUAGCUUAGGUGCCGAAUGUUGGCAAGCGGCAAUUUUCAAAGUAGGUGAUGAUGUGCGCCAGGAUAUGUUAGCUUUACAAGUCAUCACCAUAUUUAAGAACAUUUUUCAACAAGUAGGCUUGGAUCUUUUUCUAUUUCCUUAUCGGGUGGUGGCUACCGCACCAGGUUGUGGAGUAAUUGAAUGCGUACCCAAUGCAAAGUCGCGUGAUCAACUAGGCCGACAAACGGAUACUGGCCUAUAUGAAUAUUUCCUACAUCAGUAUGGCGAUGAAAGUUCCAAGGAAUUUCAAACUGCACGAGCCAAUUUCGUCAAAUCUAUGGCUGCAUAUUCUUUAGUUGGUUAUUUGCUGCAAAUUAAAGAUCGUCACAAUGGCAAUAUAAUGAUCGACAAGGACGGUCAUAUUAUACAUAUAGAUUUUGGCUUUAUGUUUGAGUCCUCACCGGGUGGUAAUAUAGGUUUUGAACCGGAUAUGAAACUCACCGAUGAAAUGGUAAUGAUUAUGGGCGGUAAAAUGGAAGCUCCACCCUUUAAAUGGUUUUGUGAAUUGUGCAUACAAGCUUUCUUGGCCGUUCGACCAUAUCAGGAUGCUAUUGUUUCAUUGGUAUCUUUAAUGCUCGAUACUGGAUUACCUUGUUUUCGUGGCCAAACUAUUAAUUUACUUAAACAACGUUUUGUCUCCACUAAAAACAACAAGGAAGCUGCGGCCCAUUUAUUAGCUAUAAUAAGAAAUUCUUAUCAGAAUUUCCGGACACGAACCUACGAUAUGAUACAGUAUUAUCAAAAUCAAAUUCCAUAUUAGAAAAAUUGGAAAAAAUUUAAAUCUUCAAUUCUUCGCUUGGCGCUACAAUUUGAAAGUUUUAUAUAUUCUUUUACUGUUUAACCGUUUUAUGUAACGUGAAUGUUCAAUCGUGCAAGUUUUUUCUGUCGUAUAUGUUAAAUAUAAACUAAAUUUUUUUUAAUUGU